UAAUGCUUUUAUAAUUUAAUGCAAACUUUAACCAAAUGUUUAUUAUUAUUACAGAUUAGUUUGAUGAUACAUUUUGAGUAAACGUUGAAGUGAAAGUGUUGUAAUUACAUGUUAAAUAAUUGAAAAUACAAAUAGUGCUUAAAUAUUAUAAUCAUUACAUAUUAUAAAUAUUAUUGUUUUAGAGCCUGUGGACAAACGUUUUAAACAUUUAUGGUUUGCAUUUUUAUUUGCAGGUUUAAAUAAUAAAUGAACACGGAUGUUUUAAGAUGCGCACUCAGACUUGUAUAAUCCAUCAGGGCUCUAUUGGAGGUCCAUUAGGUGUUUGUCUGUUCCUCAGUGCUGUGAACAUUAAAACGUGCUAAAUGACCUUCAUUUGACUCUGAAAUCUGUCUAGUAAAGUGUUUUUCUUUGAAUUAUGCUCUUUGAAGUGACGCAGUAAAUCUGUCGCUCAUUUGUAAAUCAUCCUGAAGGAGGUCAGUCCGCUCUUCAGCUGCCUUUGCUUGCUCUGUAUGUGUCUCUUUCCUCUCAAAGGACAUUCCCUUCUCUGCUCCUACAGGAAGACAGUGUCCUGAGGGCAUUUGGAUCUCGGUUGGUGUCCAAGGUGGAUCUGAGAGUCUUUUUCCUUCUGUCAUCUGCUGCUGCGCUCUCAGUCCGCGCUCCACGCGCGUUAAUAUGGCCACAUAUUAGUUUAUUUUAACGCUUUAAGUGUAUUAUUUAGGUGCAGGGCUCUUUCAGAACAGCAUGGAUAUGUUAUUUUACUCUUUAAUCAUUCUAAUUCAUGGAAUUUACGCAGCAUCCCGUUCUGGAAAAAACCUGUUGCCGCACAUGCCAAAUGUGUGUGCUGAGCAGGAGGUGAAGCUUGUGGCCCAGAUGCAGCCGUGCGUCCAGGCCUUCACGCGGAUGGUUAAAUCCUGGAAACAGGGAUGCCAGGGACAGUCGUGGUGCAUGGGCUAUGAGAGGAGAACAGCUUACUAUACAGCAUACAGACAGGUGUAUCGACAGGAGCACCAGACGGUUUACAAGUGCUGCCCAGGAUGGUCACAGCUCAACGGGGAGGCCGGAUGCCUAUAUCCUGUGUGCAGUUACGGCGUGUGCUUUAAUGGAGGUCAGUGCAGAGAAGGUUCUGCUCAACUCUGCCACUGUUCGGCCGGAUUCAGCGGUCCGAGCUGCCAGUACGAGACUCUGGAUGCAUCCGAUGUAGUUUGAAAUUCAACAAGUCUGUUUGCCACAAGGGUAUCUUGAAGACAAAGUCAGAUGUGCACAGCUGGUAACCAUUGGUCAGUUAUUCAGGGCAGUUUCUUAUGUGUGUGUCAUCAGGAGUGAUGCUGAUUGAUUUGGUCUGCAUGCACAAACACAUACGAAAACGCUAAGAGACACAAUCUAUUACAACAAAGCAUAAUGGAGACUGCGGCCUAGUUUACACCAUGCAUCCUCUUUAAUGCCAGACGGACACUGAGAGCAGAGAAAAUCAGGAAGAAAAUAUGAGUGAAUCUCACGAAUCCUUUUGAGCAUGUCCUGAUCAUAUUUCACCACAAAAUCA